AGCCGGAGGGACAUGUCAGAGGAGGGCAAGUCGAAGCUACCGGAGCAGGACUCCCGCUCUCAGUUACGUCUGAGCGUUUACAAACGGGAGCCGUCCGUGAAGCUGCUGCACCCGGUGAGCGGGUUGGAGCCGGUGUCUUGGUCUGAGGACCACCGCCUGUCUGUGUGUACCAGAGUCCACCUGUCUGUCCUGGAGCAGGUCUAUGAUAUCAAUGGCAGCAGCCCUGAUCUCAGCCUGCACCGCACCUCUCUACCAGUCCCGACCACCACCUGCCGCCUCAAGGUUGGCUCAUCAAAAGAUGUUGAACGAUGUAAAGAGUUGUUUUCUGAAGAAAAAGACCCUGCACUCAGACAGACUUUUGUGUUGGACAGAGUAUUCAAUCCUGAGGGCAAGUUUAUGCCACCUUUGGCAGGAUUCAGGUAUGCCACCUGGUCUCCCGUGGGUUGUGAUGUAAACGGAAGAUGUCUUUUAGCCACACUUACCAUGGACAACAGAUUGACUAUCAAUGCAAAUGUUAACAGACUACAAUGGAAAACACUGAUCGACUUGACCGAAAAGUAUGGAGAGCGUAUUUUGCAGGCCAAUUACAGGGUAAAUGAGAAUGAGAAUGAAAAUGUCAACUCAAACUUAGGUGACUUCACAGAAUUCAAAAGGCGCUACAGCAUGCAAACUCCGGUCAGGAUGGAGUGGUCUGGAAUCUGCACCAUUCAACAGGUCUUUGAGGACAAUAUAUGCAAGGAUGUUAGUACAUUACUUUUGGCUGUGCUCUUUGAAAACGCUGAUGUCGCUGUAUGGCAGUUCCAGCUUCCGGUUGUGGGUAACGAAUCAAUUGUUUCCUGCAACACCAUUGAAUCUGGGAUCCAGUCUCCAAGUACAUUGGCCUGGUGGGAAUAUGAACACAACAAUCGGAAAAUGAGUGGAUUGAUCGUAGGGAGCAGUUUGGGUCCAAUUAAACUUCUCCCGGUCAACUUAAAGGCCGUAAAAGGAUAUUUUACAUUACGCCAACCUGUUAUCCUGUGGAAAGAGACUGACAUGUUGCCUGUUCAGAUUAUAAAAUGCAUAGCACUUCAUCACCCGUACCAAAAAUGUACCUGUAGCCUAGUGGUGGCUGCACGGGGUCCUUACGUUUUUUGGUGUUUAUUGUUAAUCUCAAAAGCAGGUCUUAAUGUUCACAAUUCCCACGUGACUGGACUCCAUUCUCUGCCUAUUUUAUCUAUGGCAGUUGAUAAAUUGAAUGGCACAACUUAUACCAAUUCUGUAGAUGGAAAAGUUAGACAGUUAAUCCCAACUUUCACUGAUGUUGCUUUGAAGUUUGAACAUAAACUGGUCAAUUUGUCUGAUAUAUAUGGUUCUGUCAAGUGUCAUGGCAUCUCAGUUAGCCCUAGUGGAGCUUACAUGGCUUGUAUCACGUCUGAAGGCAUAAAGAAUGGGUUGCAUCCAGUAGAUCAAAAUUACAAAAUUAACUUUUUGGCCCUUAAGACUUUUGAGGAAGCUGCAGCCCAACUUUUGGAGGGCUCCCAACAAAACUUAUUCAGGCAAAUGGAUCUUACAGACCUUGUGAGGUGGAAGAUCUUAAAGGAGAAAAUCAUCCCUCAAUUUUUGGCAGAUGCACUGGACAAAAAAACUGAGAACGGGUCCUUAUAUUUCUGGCGAUUCCGCCUAUUCCUUCUAAGAGUUUGGUACCAGUCACAUAAGAAGUUCAGUUCUGAAACACGGAAGCCCUGCCUUAAGCAAUCCAAAGUUCCUAAAACUGAUGAUCCACUUCAAGGGAGCACUAAUGCAGAUGACCCAGAAAAUCAAGAUGAAGCUAGCCCAUCAAAGCAGACAGACACAGAGAUUCCUAGUGGAACGUCCAAACAGACUGCAGAGGUGGACAAUGGUUCUCCAUCUGAACAUGAGGGUCUUGAAGAAAUACAGAAGAAAAUCGACUCUGUGGAGGCACACUUAUUCAGGGAAAAUAUGAAACGCGUGCUGGGGGAGGUCUACAUGCACACAUGUGUCAUUGAAAAUACUCGAAUUCCAACGAAAGGGAUCUGUGAAUCUCUCUCUUUAGAUAAAGAUGGGAACGACCAAGCAGCACAGGUGCUUAUAGGAUACAUUGAGAAGAAAAUGUAUAAACAGACAUUUCACGAGUACUGCACGUUGUGUAAAGAAGUGUUACCAUUUAGUGAUCGUAAGAAGACCACCUGCCCAAAUGGACAUAUCUGGCUCAGGUGCAGUUUCACGUAUCAAGCCUGCCAGAGCCUACUCUUCAGACGUUGCUUGUUGAAUGACAGUAUUGCAGUUAAUCCAAUCCCAGGAGAUGCCGAUUGGAUAAAGAAGCUGCUACAAGGACCUUGUGUGUUAUGUGAUUCACCAGUUUUUUAGCACGUUGUUGCCAUUCACCAUAACUUCAAUAGUUGGCAUGGAAACUGUAAACAUACUGUGCAGUGGCAGUAUGAGCUGACCGUUACCACUUGGCUCUUACCAUGAUCGCACUUAUCUAAACUGCCAGCAAGGGGCAUAAGAGAGGUGCUAUGCAGUGGCAUGCUGAGAAACCCACCACCCGUAGACUGCAAGGCUUCCUC